GCGCCUCUCCAGCUCUCAACGUCUCAACUGCUGUUCAUCGCCAGGGCUCUAAGACAGCGAGCCAUGUUCCUUCUUCUGGUGCUUCCCACUGGACUUGGUGGGAUGCAUGCAGACCUCAAUCCUCAUAAAAUCUUCCUGCAGACCACAAUUCCAGAGAAGAUUUCAUCAUCGGAUGCAAAAACAGAUCCAGAACAUAAUGUAAUUUUAAUGAUUACCAUAGAAGGAAAGCCAUAUUUUGUCCAUCUCAAAAAGCAAUCAAUUUUAUCUUCAGCUUCUGUUAUUAAUUCUUAUGACGAAAAUGACAUCCGUCAUUCCAAACCUCUGCUAGUUCAGAUGGAUUGCAAUUAUAAUGGAUAUGUUGCGGGUAUUCCAAAUUCUCUUGUGACUCUCAGCAUAUGUUCAGGACUCAGGGGAACAAUGCAGCUGAAAAACAUCUCAUAUGGAAUUGAACCGAUAGAGGCUGUAUCAGGAUUUAUACACAAGAUUUAUGAAGAAAAAUAUGCUGACACUAAUAUUCUCUUAGAAGAAAAUGACACUUAUACUUGGUUUAAUUCAGAGUAUCAAGUCAGAAAAAGUUCAGAAAAAACUGACUUUAUUAAGUUAUUCUCUCGAUAUAUUGAAAUGCAUAUUGUUGUGGACAAAAAUUUGUUUGAUUACAUGGGCUCUGAUAUAAACGCUGUAACGCAGAAGGUUAUUCAGAUAAUUGGCCUUGUUAACACUAUGCUUACCCAGUUAGAAUUGACUGUUAUGAUAUCUUCAAUUGAAAUCUGGUCAAAUAAAAACAAAAUUUUUACUACAGGGCAUGCUGAAGAUGUAUUGUUACAAUUUUUUGAAUGGAAAAAGGACCAUCUUAACUUUAAACCACAUCAAAUUGCAUGCUUACUUGUCUACAGGAAACUUCCCACCUUAAUAGGAACCACAUUUCCUGGGCAAGUAUGUAAUAAAGAUUUUGCUGCUGCAGUUGCUCUGUAUACAGAGGGUUUAUCCUUGGAGUCAUAUACUGUCAUUAUUGUUCAGUUGCUUGGCCUUAAUCUGGGAUUAACUUAUGACAAAACUGACACCUGCCAUUGUUCAGGAGAUGUUUGCACAAUGAUGCCAAAAGCAGUGUACUCUGGUGAUGUAAAGGAUUUUAGCAUCUGUAGCUUGGAUGACUUUAAAUAUAUUUCUUCUCAUAAUGGCCUUACAUGUCUUCAGACAAACCCUCUUGAAAUGCCAACCUACACACACAGGAGAAUAUGUGGCAAUGGGUUGUUGGAAGGAAGUGAAGAAUGUGAGUGUGGCACUAAAGACAAUUGUACACAUAAAUUAUGCUGUGAUCCUUCAACAUGUAGAAUGAAAGGUAAUGCGAAAUGUGGUUCCGGAGAUUGCUGUUCAAAAGAUUGCAAGUUCAAACCGGCUAAUACGAUUUAUAGGAAAUCAGUUGAUAAAGAAUGCGAUUUCACUGACUAUUACAAUGGGGACCUUCCAUACUGUUUGCCUGACACUUAUGUACGUGAUGGAGAAUAUUGUGAUUCAGAUGGAGCCUUCUGUUUUCAAGGGAAGUGUCGGACUUUUGACAAACAAUGUGAUGAUUUAAUUGGAAGAGGUUCAAGAGGUGCUCCAAUUUUCUGUUAUGAUGAAAUUAAUACCAGAGGAGACAAUUUUGGAAACUGUGGCACUGCACAUUGUCUUUUCCAACAUAUUCUAUGUGCAAAAUUAUUCUAUACAUGGGAACACAGAGACUUAAUAUCACGUCCAAAUUUAUCUGUGAUUUAUGCACAUGUAGGAGACCAAACAUGUGUGUCUACAUACCUACCCAGGAGGACGCCACCUCCAGUAAAUUCACCUAUUUCAAUCACAUCAUAUUAUUCAGCUGAAGACAGAGAUGAAACAUUUGUACAAGAUGGUUCCAUGUGUGGUCCUGAUAUGUAUUGUUUCGAAAUGCAUUGUAAACAUGUUAGAUUCCUGAUGAAUUUAAAAUUGUGUGAUGCUUCUAAUCAUUGUGAUCGUCAUGGAGUUUGUAACAAUUUUAACCAUUGCCAUUGUGAAAAGGGAUAUAAUCCUCCUUACUGCCAACCAAAGCAAGGAGCAUUUGGAAGUAUUGAUGAUGGACACUUAGUACCACCAACUGUAUUCAAAGACAGUAACUUUAGAGGGAUUUUCAGUUGCUAUGACACAGUUGCUUGGAAUUAAUCUGGGAUUGACAUAUGAUGACAUCUACAACUGUAACUGUCCAGGAGCUACAUGCGUAAUGAAUUCUAAGGCAAUUCCACAGUGUGCAAUAUUUCAGAAGAGUAGAGAGAGCUUCUCCCUUCCAACAUUCAUUUCAAUACUUGGUAGUGGAGGAAAACAUGACUGAUCUUGUGAAACUGAAUUUCCCAUCACUGUACUAUCACUGUAUCUGAGGAUACAUAAAAGAGGACAUGUUUGCAGGAAAAGCAUAGAUCUGUGUGGUUUUACAGAAUAUUACAAUGGAACAUCUGAGUUUUGUGUACCUGAUGUGAAAUCUGCUGAUUAUGAGCUAUGCAAUAAGACUGCCUAUUGUCUUAGAGGAAUAUUCCAAGAUAGGGAUGGACAGUGCAUGCAAUUAUUUGGACAAUUUGCUCAGGGUGCUCCUUAUCUGUGUUCACAAGAAGUGAAUUUGCAUGCCAACAAUUUUGGAAACUGUAAAACUAGUUCCUAUAAUUUCGAGUACACAUUUUUAAACGUGUACAUUUUUCUAACGUUGGUAUGUGUGUGUGUAUUUCAGAGGGUCACUUAAUACAAAUGAGAGAUGUAGCAUAUACAGACGUGUCCUUUGUGCAAAGCUAGUUUGUCACUGGAAAAGUACAGAACUAAUACGACAUAAAGAUGAUGAUGCUUAAUAUACUUACCUUGGAAACCAUGUAUGUGUGUCUACAUUUUUACGAAAUUCAUGUGGUAGCAUAAAGGAUAACUCCUAUGUAAAAAAUGGUACUUUUUGUGGUCUAGAAAAGUUAUGUGAUAAUGGAGUUUGCCAACUUGUGAGCACAUAUGCAGAUAGAAGACAAGGUAACUCGGAAGAAAAAUGCGGUGGACAUGGGGAAAAAGUACACCCUUGUUUGUGAAAUGACAUGCUGUUCCUCAGAAAAACGGCCUUUAAUCAGUUGCUACAUUUUUCUACCUUUCCUCAUUUUAACUGCCAUCAUUGGUCUUAAAUGGAACAAAAUGAAGAGAUUUUGGCACUGAGCAAAAAGUGUAAGUGGAAGAAGACAGCAGUAGUAGCAGCAACAGUAACAGCAGUAGUGACAGCAACCAGUCAUAGAGUAACUACAUGAUAACAUCAAAAGCCAUAAGAUAGAGAAAGGAUAUUACCAAGAAACUUACCAUUAACUGGCUUGAUUCAACAAUGAAAACAAAAAUCGCCUUUUUUCUCCUUUCAUUAUGGCUUAAAGCUUUCAAUUGCACAAACAAAAUAAAUUCUAUGACAGGAA